AUGAGUCGAUAUAAUAAUUUUGAUGAAAUUGAUUUUCGUAAUGUUCAAUUACCAGAAGCAAUUAAUAGCCAAACAACCGAAUUACUAAAACCUAAAAAAGAAAUAAGUCCAAAUAUUCAAAGUGUAAUUCAGCAUAAACGGGAUAUAAACACACUUGCUAAACAAAGAGGGAUAACAGAAGAAUGUCAACGAAUGGCUUUUUUAAUUGGAUUAUUAAAUUAUCGAGGGGUUGGAUUUAUUAUAGCAAAAAGACCUAAAAAAGCAGAAAAGGCAUUACAAUAUAUUGAAGUUGUAGGUCUUUUUGGAAUUAUAGAAGUAAGUCAUAAACAAUUACUUGAAAUCGUACAAAAAGAAGAAACAGAAUAUUCAAAAUUAAAUUCAAGAAGUUAUAAUGAAAGAUAUCAUCGAAGAAAUAUAUUUGCUGUAACAUAUAAUUAUUUGUUACAACUUGCUAUUAAUCUAUACAAUGGGAGUCUUCAGUUUGAAGUAAAAAAGACAAAAUCUACUAAAGUAACAAUUAAAAUGCAAAAGUUUAUUACAGUUACUUUAAAAGAUAAAAAUUAUUCUACUCAAGAAAUAUUAAUUCUUGGAGAUAAAGCUUAUAAAAUUAUUUCUGAACUAAUGUGUCUUUCUUCAAUUCAAAAUAAUACUUCAAAAGUUUUUAAAAUUGAACCUAAAUUUAUUCCUUUUCAACAGGAAAUGUUUAGUGAUUCAUUUAAUUUAGUUGAAACUCCUUCAAAAUAUUGGCUUUAUGAUGAAGUUGUAGAGUAUGAAUUAUCUCAUCAUGAAAAUUCGAUUUCUUCACUUUCAUGUCAUUCAAUUCCAUCUACUCUUACAACUAUUCAAUCAACUACUCCUCAGUUAAAGAAAAAUAAUACAAAGCCUUGUUUAGUUGUGCCAAGUUCAAUUAAUAAAAAACAUUCACAUUCACUUAAUCUUAUUAAUGGGUGUAAAACUGUUGUCUUACCUAUUUCUAAAAAAUAA